GUUCAAUGUAUCUAUGCCUGCCUACUUCAAUCCGCAAGGGAGUAUCAGAAAGGCCCCGCAAUCGCCGAGCCGUGAGUUAUAUAACAAACUUUUCAGAUGUGUUAAUAAUUGUGGACAAACGCAGUUGUGUUAAAAAAUAAUACAUAUUAGAUUAUAAAUCUUGCAGCUGCUAGCCCCGACAGAGCCAAGCCGUCAUGAUUUGUAUACUAAAUAAAUGUAAACGCACUAAGUGCCUUCCCAGUACUUAAACACCAAGAAACUCAAGUGGAGAGGCACAGAAUUCACUGCUACUGGAGUCACCAUAGUGUUUUAAUAUGAUCACCCGAGAAACCACAUACCAUCAACUUAAUUGUGUUGUAUUUAUUGCCAGGUCCUUUUAUAUAAUAUAUUGUAGUACUAAAAGUGACCUUGUACUAUUUCAUUACAAGUUACUGUAGUCUAUGUGACUGUUUGUGGCAGCAGUAACUUUAUUAGAGGUCAUUAUUUAUCUCCGCUGUACAAAACCCUUGUUUUAGUAAGUCCCACAGAAAUGACUAGUUAAUAUGUUGCUUAUGGAGCUGUCUAUGGCCCUAAGCUUUAUUUAAUGGUAUAAUGUCCCCAGUUAUCCAGUGCAUGUUUUAUUUAUAUGAGAGGGUCAGCGGUGAUGUAUAAAAUGACUAGUACUGUAACAAGCUCCUUGGCUUCCCCAUCUAAUAGAAUCUGAAGAAAUACGUGAGACCUAGUUGUCUAACCGCUUGUUGAGGCAGCGCACAUCAUGCUGACGUCUUUAAAUAAUAAUUGCACCUUCAGAUGAACAGUUGCAGGUUUUUUUGUUUGUUUUUUUCUCCCCUAAAAGGGUUAGGAAGCUACCUGGCACAGUGCAAAGCCCUAACGGUAAUGCUGUGUGAGUGCUGCCUUUGUAGUAUCUUAAUCCAUUUUUAUUUUUUCCCCUAGUCCCUCUUUUGUAACUCCUCUUUUUUGAGUUUCUUUUGUUGGAUGCAUUUUUCCCACUCUAAACUAAAACACGGAGAAGAUAAAUCUCUAUACUAUGCACUUACAGUAGGUGUUGUCAGAUCCAUUGCACACAUUCUAGGCAAUAUAGAGUAAUCUAUGAAGUCGGUAGUCAUGUGACCCUGAUGUACAGCUUGCUUUAUAAAAUAAUUCAUCUGCUCAUUUAACUAAAACUCGCACCUCUAUUAGAUCAGCUCCACUUAAGUCUGACUGACAUUUAGCAAUUAAUACCGAUAUUAAAGGGGCAGUCUACUCCAAAAUGUGUAUUGUUUAUAAAGAGAUAAUCCCAUUAUUUACAAUUCCCCAGUUUUGUACAACACUGUUCUAUUACCUCUAACAGGGCCACAUUCUGCGGAUAUCUCGACUAGAGCACAAGUGAAAUAAUCGGCUGAUUAGUAAAUAUGGUUAUUUUACUUUUUCUCAUCCAAGAUAAUCCUGAAAACCUGGCCUGUUGGGGAGGCUUGAGGACAGGUUUGAAAACCAGUGCCUUAUAUUUAACCCUCUGCAGACUGCCCCCUUAUCUUAGUGCUAUUUACAAACUUACAUUUAGCCCAUCAGUGCUGACUCAUGAAUAACUCCACAGGAGUGUGCACAGUGUUAUCUAUAUGACACAUGAUCUAGCAAUGUCUAGCUGUGGAAAGCUAUAAAAAUGCUCUUUGACAAGAGGUGGCCUGUAGUGGCUUAGAAUCCGGCUUAAAGGUUAUUAAGUAUAUUAAUAUUACAAUUGGUUGUGCAGCUGGGGAAUGGGUAGUAAAGGAGUUGUCUGUCUUUUUAAACAAUAACAAUUUUGGAGUAGACCGUCCCUUUAAAGGUAUAGUAAAGUCAAAAUUAAACUUAAAUGAUUCAGACAGAGCACACAAAUUUAUACAACUUUCCAAUUCAUUUCCAAUGUGUAAAUGUGCACAAUCUUUAUACGCACACCUUCAGGCACCAGCUUCUACUGAGCAUGUCCUAAAUUCAAGAAUAUACUAUGUGUUUUGUGAUUGGCUGAUGGCUGUCACAUGAUGCAUUAGGAAUGAAAAUAACUGAUUUUUCUUUUAAAGAAUCUACUACUCAUUUGAAAUUCAAACAAAGUGCUUUUCCAUUGUCUCGUAUGCAUUUCUACUGUAUUUAGUAGCAUAUUUUGUAAUGAUCUAGAUUUGGUUUUAGCAGUCUAUAUGUAUGACUGUAAGUUGUGGCAGCAUGAAGCGACUUCAGUAAUUAAUGUAACGUUCUGUUAUUUAUGAACCAAUAAAUGAAGUGUAUAAAAAAAAAAAAAAAAAAUCUGCAGUCCCCGUUUAGUUUUGUGCUACAAGGCAAGCUGAGUGCUGUUCAGCUCAUUUAGCCUCGGCAUGCUCAGCAAGUCAAGUACUUGGGUUUAUUGCGAGUCCGCUGGUGCCACCAUGAUGCACACUGCUGUAUUAUCUCAGUAUGCCUCGUAAUACUUCACGUUUCAGAAGCUGAAAAAGGAAAGUCUGUAUAUAUGUGUGUGUGUGUUAUAGAGCAUAGUCAUUAGUUUGCUUAGCUUUAACAUUAUUUACAUCUUCGCAAUGGUGAUGCUCACGAGGCCUUUUUAUUAAAAAUGUCCCCUUAUAAACAGAAGACAUACAAUUUUUAGUUUCGAGUGGGAAAAACAUCUGUCAGUACCUAAUGGAUAAAUAGUCUCUUGCAUUUGGAUCUCGUCUUCUGCUUUUUGGCUACGUUCAUCAAAGGACAUAGAAAAACAAAAACAUAGAAACACUGUCUGGGGCUCCAGCUGAUCACAUCCUGAAAAGUUUUGGCAAUCCACAGAGCGCACCAAGGGUAAUGCUGAUUCAUGUGUAUUGUUGCACACUAAGCAAUGUGCCGGGCUAGUGUAAGUACGUCUCAGGUUUGUAUGUACCAUUUCUCCUUGCAUCCUGCUGUAACCUUCCCGUUACCCUGUGGUAUCAGCACCGAGGACUUGCACUUGGCACCACAACAAAAAGAUUUUUUCUGUAUCCAUCUUGGAGUUUAGAAGAGUGUCAAUCAGGCAUUACCAGAUUAACUGAAGUUGUUGUUGUUUGUAUGUUCUAGUAUAUUUAGCAAAUUCGUUUGUACCCCAUACUAUAUACUAUAUAUGGUAAUUUUAUUUUUUAUAUAUAUUUUUAACUAUUUAGAAAGCACCAAAAUUGAUUCCUUAUAUAGAGGAAAUUCUGCUUUACUAGUUUCUGACACUCCCAAAAUCCCAUGCUUUAAUUUAGUUCCUGUUGUCCUGAAAAAAAAUAUCAAAAGUGCUCUGGUUAGGCAAAAAAUAGUGCCACAGCACAUUAGCUGCAGACAGGUUUGUGCUAUGCCACCUAGUAAUGAGGCUUAAAUGCAUGACAGAGGGUCUUACUGGUUCUGCCCUGAAACGUAGUACAAACCUGAGCUGCUAUCCCAUUCAGUUUUUGCUGUUUAGUUGCUGAAUGUAUCUACUAAAUACUGACCUUUUAUGCUAUAUGACCCUACAGGAUCCUCUGGCAUCUGUGCUACCAGGGUAGAGGGAUGUCUAAUAUCAGUUUGUCUGGGUUCUUCUGUUUCAGGUGAUACAACACGUCAGCGAAUCAAAUUCAGUGAUGAGAGAGUCUGUAAAAGCCACCUGCUUAACUGCUGCCCUCACGACAUCCUCUCGGGAACGAGAAUGGAUUUGGGAGAGUGUAUGAAAGUACACGAUUUGGCCUUGAGAGCAGAUUAUGAAAUUGCCUCCAAGCAGCAAGACUUCUUCUUUGAGCUGGAUGCGAUGGACCACUUGCAGUCAUUUAUCGCAGAUUGUGAUAGGAGGACUGAUAUUGCAAAGAAGAGGCUGGCAGAUACCCAGGAUGAAAUCAGUGCAGAAGUCGCUGCCAAGGCAGAGAAGGUGCAUGAACUUAAUGAGGAGAUUGGGAAGCUCCUGGCACGGGCCGAAGUACUAGGAGCAGAAGGAAAUGUCGAAGAGUCCCAAGAAAUCAUGGAUGAAGUAGAAAAGACCAGAGUUCUGAAAAGAGAAGCUGAGGACAUCUACCGCAAUUCUAUGCCGGCUUCCAGCAUCCAGCAGCAAAAGCUCAGAGUUUGUGAAGUCUGCUCAGCAUACUUGGGUCUGCAUGACAAUGACAGACGGCUCGCUGAUCAUUUUGGGGGCAAGUUGCACUUGGGUUUCAUUGAGAUACGUGAGAAACUAGAGGAGUUGAAGAGGCUUGUGGCAGAGAAACAGGAAAAACGAAACCAGGACAGGUUGAAACGGAGAGAAGAAAGGGAGAGGGAGGAACGUCAAAAAUUAAAGAAGAGAUCAAGGUCCAGGGAACACCGCAAGCACCGCUCUCGCUCCUCUUCUCGAGAUCGCAAGAGAAAAACAAGGUCUCAGUCCCGUGACAAACAUCACCGCCACCGAUCCCGAUCAAGGAGUCGCAGUCGGAGCAGAAGUCACCACCGGAGCAGAGAUCGUAGCAGGGACCGGAACUCGAGGACAAAGUCAUCCAAGGACAAGGAGAGGUCAUCUAAAGAUAGGUCAAGGGAACGAUCCAAAGAGCAUGAGCACAAGUAUAAGAAACGUAAUUAUGACAGCACUAAUGGCAAAUCGGAGCAAAGGAGUUCUGAAGAGCGUGAGGCUGGAGAGAUCUGAAUCAUUCUCCUCCCCCAGUUUUUUUUUGUUUUUUUGUUUUUGUUUUGUUUUUUCAUACAAAACCAACCAUGGUCUAGUCUACAGCUAUUUUGAAAGAGACAAAGCAACUGAAACAAUUCCUAUAGCUUAGAUGUAAAGCUUGGAUAUAUUUUUUUCCCAUUCAAAGUUUUAUUGUUUUUACAUAAACAUGUACUAAAUUCUGCUUGUGUACUCAAGCUGUACUGCAUUGUAUAUUGUGCAAAUAAAAAGCAUUUUGUUUUUCUCCCUAAA